UUUAAUUUUUGUCGUGGCCAGUUCGUUGUGCGCGUGGUUUAAAGCAAAGAAAUUCAAACAAAAUUGAAAUCAGCUGGGCUGGACACUCACUGUUUGUUCGUUCGUUCUGUUUGUUCAAAGCUCGCAAAAUUUUGCUACGUGUACGCGCCGACGACAACAGCAGAAACAACAACAACACAACUAGAGCUAGCUAACUGUGUUUGUGCAUACAGUUUCUCGUCUCUAUUCGUCUCUCUUUCUAUAUGUGCAUGUGUAUAUGUGUGUAUAUUGCGUGUGCUUAACUUAAAGCUGACGUCGUCUCGUCAUCAUCCUCAACGUCAACAACAACAACAACUAAAACUACAGCAAAGUCAACAGCAAGAGAGCAGCAACAAUUACUAUAUUAAUCAUUGCAAAAAUUAUAAAUUAUAACAGUAAGGUAGUGAAAUAUUAUCGUAUGUGCGGUUUUUUCAUUGUUUCCUCUACAUUGCCUUCGUCGGCGUUCGUCUCUGUCUGUCAUUGUAUAUAUAUAUAUGUAUGUGUGCGUAUGUAAGUUUGUGAAACGGCAUUAAAAAAUAUAAAAAUAGCAAUAGAAAGUUAUUAAAGCGUUUUUGCAAAAAUAAAAAAAGGAAAAAGCCGCCGCAGCAAAGGCAGUGAGCAAAAGCAAGCAAAAAAUACAUACAUACAUAUUUUUUAAACACAUCAAAAACCAAAAACAAAAAAUAAAGGAAAAGAAGCAAAGUCAAGAAAAAUAGUUAAAGCUUACGUUGCCUGUCGCUCCGACAACGCAAUCACGCGCUCUCUCUCGCACUCUCUCUCUCUGCUUACGUCGCUGCUAACGUCGCCGUCUACGUCCACGUCUCGGGGCGCACUUGAAAACGUCGCAAAAGUUUGUAAACAGCAGAAAGCUUUGUGCAGCUGUGUGCGUAUGCUCUUGCGAAUUUGCGCGCGUGUGUGUGUGCAAUAGAAAAGUGAAGAAGCAGCGGCAAAAAGCAAACGCCAUCAACGUCGUCGUCGCCGCCGCCGCCGUCAUCGUCUCCGUCAACGUCGUAGCGCUCCAGCCGCAGCAGCUGUCAAAUACAAAACAAAGCAUACCAGUGGGUUAAUCAGCUCAGCACUUUGGAGUACGGCCAGCGUGUUCCGACUGCAGCCUCACCGAGCAACACGAACUCGAGCAGCUCAUCGAACACGGGCUCCCAGAGCGGCACACUGAGCACCAGUCUGAGCAACACGACAAACACAAACACCACAAUGGGUCCCAACGGCACGGUACAGAAUCAAAAUCAACAGGGCGGCGAGCAGUUGUCAAAGACAAAUCUCUAUAUACGCGGACUGCAGCAAGGCACAACCGAUAAGGAUCUGAUCAAUAUGUGUGCACAAUACGGAACAAUAAUAUCAACCAAGGCUAUUUUAGAUAAAACAACAAACAAAUGUAAAGGUUACGGCUUCGUCGACUUCGAGCAGCCAGCCUACGCUGAGGGCGCCGUCAAGGGACUGCAGGCGAAGGGCGUGCAAGCUCAGAUGGCCAAAGUGGGUAUCUGGGUGCUUCAUAGGCCGGCCAUUCAACAGGAACAGGAUCCCACAAAUUUGUAUAUUGCAAAUUUGCCGCCACACUUCAAAGAAACCGAUCUGGAGGCAAUGCUAGCGAAAUAUGGUCAAGUUGUCUCCACCAGAAUAUUGCGUGAUCAGCAAAUGAACUCAAAGGGCGUUGGCUUUGCACGCAUGGAGAGCCGCGAGAAGUGCGAACAAAUUAUACAAAUGUUCAACGGUAACACAAUACCGGGUGCCAAAGAUCCGCUAUUGGUGAAAUUCGCCGAUGGCGGUCCCAAAAAGAAGAAUCUCUUCAAGACGCCCGAUCCGAAUGCGCGCGCGUGGCGCGAUGUCUCCGCCGAGGGCAUACCCGUUGCCUACGAUCCGAGCAUGCAACAAAAUGGCGUCAGCGUCAAUGUCGGCACACCCAUCGGUGUGCCCUAUUCCCGUUUCGGGGCACCACAGGUCGGUGGCUAUCCGGUCGCUGGCUCGCAAUGGAUACCCGGCUAUAUGAUGACACAGCCGAUCACUCAGGUAGAUGAUCAGUAUUCCUCCUCUGCCCUGCAGUACAUGCAAAUGGCUGCCGGUCCCCAGUUGGGCGUCACCUCGUACAAACCGGAGGCUGUUAAUCAGGUGCAACCACGCGGCAUAUCGAUGAUGGUCAGUGGUGACACGGCUGUGCCAUAUGGAACUAUGAUGCCACAGUUGGCCACCCUGCAGAUUGGCAACUCUAAUUUUUCUCCAUCGUUACAGUAUAUUAGUCCAACUUAUCCAUAUUAUGCACCACCACCAACUAUUAUACCAACAAUGCCAAUGACAGAUUCCGAACAGGCUAGCACAGCUGCAUCACCCGACGAGGCAUACACACAGUAUCCACAUCAAGCCGCUCCCAAAUAGGUCUUCGCGAGUAUAGUUACUAAGCAGCCUAAACACUGGUAACACAUUCUAGAUAUAAUAUUUUAGUACCCCAUUUGAGUACUAUUUAAUGGACGUGAUGGAGGGUUAGCGUUGGGAGCAUUACGCGCUGGAAUAACAACAAUAAAAACAACAACAUCUUCAACAAAAACAACACGUGGAGGAAACAGCAACAAGAAGAAGCAGAUGAAUAAGGAGAAAAUGAGAAGGAGGAGAAGGAGAAGGAGGAGAAGGCCACAUCAGACCAGAAACAGUUUGAUAACAGUCGAAAAUGCUGUUCCCUAAAAAAAAAUAUUGUUUAAAAAAAUAAAGAAAAGCUAGAGAAAGAGAAUUAAGAGUUAUGUAUAAAAGAGAAAGCAGCAGAAACAGCAACAAAGGAAAGAAAAAUACA